UGUGUUUGUUUUUCAUUGACUUUGAACGUGUGUAAACAGUAGUUCAUUUUUAACGUGCAAAUUAGCAAGACAAAGCUACGAAAUGACCGUGCAAGAUAUGGAAAUAAGUUUAAACGUUUCUACACAAUCCAGUGAUGGCAAGAACACAAGAAUAGAUGAUAAUUCCAUUCUUAAUUUAAUGAGGAGUCAGAAAGCUCGAGGGAAAACAAAUCUUGUUAACAGCACUAAAGUAAAACGUGAUUCUAGUAAGGCAGUCAGUACAGUUAAACAGAAAGUGAAACAAAAACACUUGAAAUUAAUUGUUACACAAAAAUUAAAAGAAAUCAAUAAGACUAGUCAGAGUCCACCUUCUGUGGUACAAAAGAAAUCAAAAUCAAAAGUACAGUUUAAAGAUAUUAAUAACAAAACUAAACGAAAGGUGGUUAAAACACCUGUGAAAGUAGAUGAGAAACAUAUAGAUACAGAUAAGUCAUCUUUAACUGUGGGUAAUGAAGUUUCUAAUGAGCCUAUAAUCUCAUUUACUAAAGUUACAAAAGAAAACUUUGGUAAAACCCUAUUAGCAAGGAAAAGAAAAGGUCCAGAUAAAGGUUCAAGCAAAACUCUUGCUAGUAUAUUUUCUAAACAAAAAGAACCUGAGAAAGAAGAAGUUAGUUUAUUAAGUUCACUUGGGAAAGUAGAUUCAAUUGAAGAUGUUAAUGCAAAAACAAAACCUAGACUUGAUGAGUCAAAAAGUAUUUCUCAUACCGUACAAAAAUCAAAUCUUAGUAAAAAAAAGAAACAAAAACAGGCAGGAAAACUGACAAAUGAGAGUAAUAUUAGUACUGAAAAUGAGAAGAGUACAUAUGGUUUGCAUAAGCCUGCUGGAAAAAUAUCUUCCUUGUUUGGUCAUAAUCCAGAAAUACCACAUAUUGGUCAGCGUUUAAUAAAACCAAUAAAUGAGCCAGUCUUUGCUGCAACAAGCUUUACCGAUUUUAACAUACACCCUUUUAUGAUAUCCAAUUUGGAACAAAAUAUGCAAAUCACUAAAAUGACUAUAGUUCAACAGAAAGCAAUUCCUCAGAUUCUUUCUGGGAAAGAUGUUUUAAUUCGAUCUCAGACUGGUUCUGGGAAAACAUUAGCAUAUGCUUUGCCUAUAGUUGAGUUUCUUCAUAGGAUUAGGCCAAAGUUGAACAGAAACAGUGGUUUGAAAGCACUCAUUGUUGUACCAACUAGAGAGUUGGCUCUACAAACCUAUGAGUGUUUCUUAAAAUUAAUAAAAUCGUUUACGUGGAUAGUACCGGGAUAUUUAGCAGGGGGUGAAAAGAGGAAAGCAGAGAAAGCUAGAUUAAGAAAGGGAUGUAACAUAUUAGUCAGUACACCUGGUAGAUUGUUAGACCACAUAAAACGAACAGCCGCUUUAAAGUUAAGCGACGUUAAGUACUUCGUUUUGGACGAGGCAGAUAGAAUGUUUGACAUGGGAUACGAAAAAGAUAUAUCAAGCAUAGUAAGUGCUUUAAAGGUUUCGACUCCGAACGAAAACACGGAAUACGACGCGAUGAAAAUAUUUCAGCGAAACGUUAAAAAGGUUUUUACCGAUGAGGACAUCGAUCAGAUGGCAACUAACGCUGACUCUAAGCAGGAAGUGAAAACUGAUAAUCACGAUGAUUCCAUCGAAUCGAACAAAGAUGCAUGGUCAGAAUCUGAGGACACUAACGACGAGGAAAAACAAACGUAUCACUCGAGUAGCGAUAAUGAUUCCGAUGAAGGAGAACCUUACGUUAAAUCGAAAAAAUUAGAUAAACAGAAGGCCAUUUCGGGUCCGGUAAACAAGAAGAAAUCUAGCGAGUUAAAAAACAGUACGGAAAAAGAGGAAGAUAAUAACGAUAGCGUGAAUGAGAGUGGGAGACAAACGAUCUUACUCUCCGCGACCUUAACGCAAUCCGUAGAAAAAUUAGCGGGUCUCGCGAUGAAUCAUCCUGUUUUCGUGGAUGCGGCGAAAGAAAAUUUGGAAAUAACCGGAGGCGAUGCGACUGAUUUGAAUGAAGACUUAAUAGUUCCGCAAAGCGUGACUCAAAGUUACAUUGUUACACCACCGAAACUGAGAAUGGUUACUUUGAGCGCCUGUAUCGCGGGAAAGUGUCAGAGCCAUGGACAACACAAGAUAUUAAUAUUUAUGGCAACUCAAGACAUGGUAGACUAUCAUACGGAGAUCCUUUCUUCUGUAUUGACUAAACCAGCCGACGAGGAUGACGAUGAUUCGGAUCCUCUGGUCGACGUUGAGUUCUUCAGAUUACACGGCAGCAUGACUCAAAAGGAACGAACCGAUGUCUUCAAGACUUUCAGACAGGCAAACAGCGGAGUUCUACUAUGUACGGAUGUAGCUGCUCGUGGAUUGGACAUGCCGAAAGUGGACUGCGUGGUGCAGUACACAGGACCAACUUCCGCCAGGGAUUACGUGCAUCGGAUCGGUAGAACAGCGCGAGUUGGUUCUUCCGGUUCGGCGGUGAUCUUUCUGAUACCAUCAGAGAUUGAUUUUGUCCGAAUGUUAGAGUCCAGACGCAUUAGAAUCAAAGAAGAGAACAUGGACGAUGUGUUAGAUAAAUUAAUGACACCUUUAUCAAAGCAUACGUCCACCCAUGGUGCGGCGAUAGCGCUGCAGAAUGAAUUUGAGAACUUGGUGUUGGAAGAUUCGAAACUCCGGGAGAAGGCGCACCGGGCGUACACCUCUUGGAUAAGAUUCUACUCUAGCUACCCUCGGGACAUGCGCGAGAUCUUCAACCGGAAGAACGUUCAUCUGGGUCACUUUGCCAAGAGCUUCGCGUUGAGGGAAACUCCGCAACGUAUCGGAGUGGUAGGGAAGAAGAUCCGCGAGGACAGUUCUAAAGCGCAGCAUAACAACAGGCUUGUGAACGAAAAGCCCGACGGGGAGCCGGCAAAGAAGCAACACCACAAGCGUCAAGCUGACGAGCGGAAGACCGGGUUGCUGAAGAGAGUCAGGAUGCUCAACACCUCCGAGUACGGCAGCGGUCUCGAGCCCGUGAAGAAGUCGAAGAAAUCCUGAACUUUGCAUUAUCAUCGAGACUGUUAAUAAAUACGAUACGAUCUCCUCUACACGAUUCCAGAAUCACGUGUGAUGAACGAUUGGCGAUCGUUAAAAAAAUAAAUUUCUUUCUAUAGAUCUUCCUGAAA